CACGAGUCCGAACGCGCCACAGCGUGGUGUGGCUGACGACCGUGCACGAAGGGUUCCACUAGAUCGCCAGCGGCCAAGGCGAGCCAGCAGCUACCUUCCCUUCCGACUGUGACAGCCGGCAGCAAUAUCCGGAACAAUGCGGGAGCUCGUCUUGGUGGUCGCCCUCGUCCUCUGCUGCGCUCUGCAGCUGGUCACGUCAGCGGCACUCGGUGGCGACGACGAGGGAACGCAAUCCCACGAUCAGUGGCUCCAGAAUGACCCAGAGAUGGAACCCGAAGAUGCGGACGAUUACAGCCUGCAGUGGGUGGGAACGCCACCGUCUUCUGGUUAUUACCGCUGGCACGACGACAUCAUGCGCCGGUCCCGCAAGUCCACAGGCGGCCGCUACACGGCGGGCGAGCUGGUGGAAAUGCUCCGCAGGCUGGCCGCGUCUAGGAAGCUGCGACAGGUGCGCGUCGCCAACAAGGCCAUCCGGUUCGGCAUCAGCAAGAGGUCGCUACGGCAGCGCUUCUAGGCCGCGGGCUGCCACCGCCGACCACGGCUCCUCUCUCUUUUCACGCCUCGCGCACUCGCUAUACGUGCGUGAGGCCGACUGCGCCGCUUCUUCGUUCGGCGUCCUUCGGUGACCGCCACCGACUGCAGACACUGUACAGGGAGGAGGCUGUGACACUGCGACAGCGUCGCGCACAGCCUACUGCGGAUGCACUUUGUGUGCGUCUGUGCGUGCGUGCGUGUGAGGAACUCAAUGCUACAGGCACGCCUUCCUUCAUGCCGCGUUUCGUUGCGCAUAUCGAGCAUAGAAGCGUCGUUUAGAAAUACUUCAACAAUAAAGAAAGAGCGAGAGGAAAAGAAGAGUGAGCUACAACAUAGGCGAUGGCUAGUGAUGAAGAUCAAAAUAUGCCGCAAGAUAGAUAGAUGAAUGCGGGAAGCACGCUGUAGGAAAGAAAUAUGAGCAUUAUAUUGCGUCAUUAGUAUUCGAGGCUCUAGAACUGCUGCACGAAAGUCGUCAUGUCACAGCCUCCUCCUUCUUCUACUGGCACGCAUCGAUUUACAACUCGUGGCCCGCGUGUGCUUUCCCAGCCGUCGCUCUUAUAAGAAGCAACCACGUGUCGCGCAUUUGCGGCAUCUCCGGCGUCGGCGCGCCUGAAUCACGUUGCGCGAUUUAUUUGCUGUAAUGCUGAUCGAAAAUGUGUCAGACAUUAAGAGAAGCUUAGUGAAUGGGAGUCCCCAGUGAUCAAUCGUGCGUCGUGAACCGGACGCGUCGACGCUGGGCGACGCCCGAUACGAGUCCCAUGUGGUUGCCGACUCAUCGUGUAUUUGCGGAGCGGAAAGCAGCUUAACUGGUUUAGCUCUGCUGCCUCGCACCGCCAGGAGGCCAAUACUCUCGCGGCACCCCACUACCAAUGUGGUUUCAGGGAUACGCAUAUACAUACAUAUAUACAUAUACAUACAUAUAUACAUAUGCAUACACAUAUAUAUAUUUAAGAGCAAAUAUCUAUAUUUACGGGUUCACAUAUGUAUACAAGUACCCAACAGAGCAGAAGACUAUAUUAAAAUAUAGUACAUGCGGAGGGUACCGUAUAGCCAAUGAAAGGUGCGCAAAGCUGAUAAAAGUAAAAGAACGUAUUUACCGGUGUCCAAACGUAUUUUUCUAUUCAGCAGACAGCUCUCGUAUGGCAAAUGGCUGUCUGAGGAGCCGCUCGCUAAAAACAGGCGAAGAAAAAAAAUGUUGGUCGGAGCAAAACGAAAUGCAUGUUGGUAGUCGUCCUGGAGCGUAUAGGGACGGCCUUUUUGCGACGGCAACCUUGCUCCCAAAGAUCGUGUUUUGUGCCGAAAAAGUGCUAAGUGUCAAUGAAAGUAAAGAAAUUCUUUUUUGAGUAGACAAGGCGAGUUCUUGUGAGAGAUGAUGAAAUUAUUUAAAACCUUCGGUCGAACAAGUAGAAAGUCAGGACUAGAAGUAAAUACAAACAGCGAGGUUACUGCAACCGUUUAAGUACAUCGACGCGUAGAAGACAAUAACUGAAAACAGUUACAGCUUGUGCGUCUCAUAGUUACGAGUAAAGCUUACAAGGACUUUUCCUUUUUUUAGUUUGUUAUCUUUUUUGCCUCAGGGGCAUAUCCCUCAGCUUGCAGCUGAGUAUUUCUACUGAAACUCUUUGGGGCAGCUCCCUUUUUUUUUUCUCCGUCUCUUUCUCACUGGAAUAUCCCCAGAGUGAAAUUUUAGGUUUUACACUAGUAGAAUGUUCUUUUCGCAAGCUCAUGACACUGUAUCUCUGUAGCAUUUCAACAUUUGCCAGAUAUACUCAUCUGCUUCUAAUUACAUGAUCACACAUUCGGAACCGUGGUCUUCAUUUUACAGCGAAAUUGGCGGGAAAAUGCAAAGAUGGCUACUUGUGAGCUUUCUCUUUGCUUUAAAAAAAAACGAAAUUUUCAGGUAUCGACGCGGCGUUAUCCGUUCCCAGUAGCUGUUUCGUGUUUGCGUACAUCAUGCUUCAUGUUUUUUUCCUUAUUAUGUUGUCGCGCCUUACCGAACGAAAAACAAAAAGGAAAACAUGCAAAUAUUUCAUGAGUCACUCACUCUCACCUAUUUAUUUUUCAUGUCAUUAUUUAUUAAGAACUAAACAAGUAACGCUAGGCGGCAAUUGCAAAUACGUGUAGCAAAACGUCACUUGACUUUCUCCUCGAUAAAUUAUCAACUGUCAUCUCCCUCUUAAAGAAAACGAAAAUGUUCAAGUUGUCCUUACAUUGUGUUAGUUUCGCCAUGGCUGUUCCGGUUUACAAGUCGCGCCCUCUCCUGUGUAGUUAGCUGGCUGUUGCAGAGUAGAUGUACACUAAGAUAAAAAAAAAAACGUAAAUAAGCCUUCAAAUCCCCCCCCCCGUCCCCUCCCCCCGAGAAAGUUUAUCACAUUUGCUGCGUCACUGCUAUGCGAUUCGCAUUUCGCACAUGAGAUUUUACGGAGAGUCAUAUUUCGACACGACGAUUCUCGUGGAAGGCGAAGAUGUCUCGGACGGGAAGCGGAACAGCAAAAUGAACUUGAAGAACACGGAACAGUACGACGAAUAUCCCCGCAUCGAAGGCGAAAUUAUAAAACAAGAAGGAAAAUAAAGAAAUGAAUAGGAAAAACGGGCCUAAACUAAACUUUGUGCGUUUGCUAUAUAUGCUCAUAGAAGCUCUUACGUACACUUAAAAAUAAUUUAUAAUGCCUUUAUAGGUACUGCAUGGAUAAUAAAGGCUGUUCUUUUAGGCGCUUUGAACAAAAUCAAAAACUGCAAAAGCAAAAAGCAGACCAACGCUUUUUUUCUUUAUUGAAAUUAAAAUGUAGGAAAGACGUAGUCACCUUACAAUGGUGACGGCUACUCCUUUUCUCAUAGCGGAAACAACAAUAUAAAGAAAAUAUGUAGGAAAAUGAAAAGAAAUCUCUUCAUACGCUCAGAAAGCCACAUCACAGUCCAAUACGCCUAUGAACAUAACAGUAUAAAAGUCAAACGCAAGUUGCACCACAAUGAGUUCGUAAACAAAGUCACAAACACAUACAAACAGCCGUGAUGUAGACUUCGAUGAUCAUAUAAACAGAUGAGGAAUUACACAGUGUUAAAAUAAUUCACGCACAAGUCUAUGUCUUUUCAAUGAUUAUAGAAACGGCAAGGAACCCUCCUGCUCGUUGUCAUAGGUUAACUUAUCCGCGUCGCUCUUUUGGGCUACGGGAAUAAGCAUCCCGACGAUGAUUAAUUGCUGAAGGCGUUUGCUCUUGACGAAUGCGUAAAGAUAUGAUUUCCCAUCAUGUAAUUUAACAAGCACACACCCUCGAGACAUAAAUCUCACAAUCUGUGCGCACAUUCACUGCUACUCUAUACGAGUGCGUGUUACGCCGUUGAUGCGACCUCAAAAGUAUGCGGAAAACGGCCCAUUACAGCAGGCGCAGGCAGUGUGUGUGCGCUCACGUGUGUGUACUCGUGCCUCCGAAGCCGCGGCCACUUCGUCUGCCGCGAGUUCUGCAGGUUGCCGCAGUUCUGUUGUGUUCCUUUACUUUUUGUCGUUCUCGUUAUUAUUGCUGUCGCGGUCCUUUUACGGGCGCUCUCAGCAGUGUCGUAUGCUCAUUCCACGUUCCGCGCUCGCCGGGAACAGGCCGCGUUGUCACUGGUUUUGUGCCCGGCAGUAUUUAGUGCGAGUGUUCCGUGUGCACAUGGGAGCUGUAGAAGUGUUGUACGUGUGCAGGUGCCCGUGUGCGUGUGUGCGCGUUUGCCGGUCGCUUGCACGCAUGCUGGCUCCGACUAAGCGCUUCCUGCUGCUCGUGACCGCGAUAACUACGCGAAAGCAUUGUUCGCGUUCGAGAAAACAAAACGCCUGUGUACUUACGAGAUGUAUUCGCUCGUCUGUGUCUCAAUAAAGCAAGCGACGAAAGCAAA